UUUGGGAAAGUAGCAACCAACAUACUACAUGCAUGUUUGAAUUUAACCCUUGAGUCAAUCAUGUCAUCCUCCAAUUCCUAUUCUUCGCUGAUUGUAGUAGUAUGGUAUUCCUUGCUCUUUUACUAUACUACCAUUCCUCGAUUUACUACUCUGGCUGUGACAGCCUCCGAAUCAUCAUCAAUUAAAUUGGAAGCACAGGCUCUAGGCAAUAGUGGCUGGUGGGAGUGGGAUGGCUAUACGAAGAACAUGUUUGAUCAUUGCAAGUGGCCUGGUAUAUAUUGCAACGACGCUGGUAGUGUCACGGAUAUAAGCCCGCCUUCUACCUUUAACUUGGCAGGUAAGUUGGAGAAAUUUAACUUUUCUUCCUUUCCAAAUCUUGUUCGCCUCGACCUUAGUGGUAAUGGACUCAAUGAGAGCAUCCCACAUCAAAUAGGUGCACUUUCAAAACUCACCUACCUCAAUCUGUCUUCUAACGUUCUUAAAGGUGAGCUACCUGUUUCUCUUACUGCCCUCACCGGAUUGUUGGAGUUGUCCAUUUCCCAAAAUCAAAUCAGUGGUUCUAUCCCUCCCAAAAUAGGGAAUUUGAAAAACCUCGUCACUCUAGAUUUGAGUAAUAACCGUCUUGUUGGUCCAAUCCCUCCAUCUAUUGGUCACAUAUCCAACCUGACAUUAUUGGACCUGAGUCGCAACCGACUUGAUGGACUAAUCCCGCCGGAGGUAGGUCUCCUGACAAAACUAAUUCGCAUCUCUGUCAGGUCAAAUUCGAUUCAAGGGUCCAUCCCACCCGAAAUAGGGAAUUUGAAGAAUCUGACCGAACUAGACUUCAGUUUUAAUCAGCUCAUUGGUUCAAUUCCUUCUUCAUUGGGUCAUUUAACCAACUUGGUAUCUCUUUCCCUUGCCCGUAAUGUGAUCAACUUUUCGUUAAACCAAGCAUCACCACUAUCCAAACUCCGGUAUUUAGACGUCUCCCAAAACAAGCUGAGUGGACCCAUUCCAUCUAACAUCAUAAAUUGGUCCAACCUUGAAUAUUUAGACCUCUCCCGAAACAAGCUGAGCGGACCCAUUCCAUAUAAAAUCAGAGAUUGGUCCAAUCUUGAUUAUUUAGACCUCUCCCAAAACAAGCUGAGCGGACCCAUUCCAUCUGACAUCAAAAAUUGGUCCAAUCUGAAACAAUUAGACCUCUCCCGAAACAAGCUGAGCGGACCCAUUCCAUCUAACAUCAGAAAUUGGUCCAAUCUGAAACAAUUGGACCUCUCCCAAAACAAGCUGAGCGGACCCAUCCCAACUGAUAUUGGAAAUUGCCCUUAUUUGUUUAGAUUGAAUUUGAGCAACAACUACCUGAAUAGCAGCAUUCCUCCUCAACUGAACUGUUCCAAUCUUGAAUAUUUAGACCUCUCCCGAAACAAGCUGAACGGCCCCAUCCCAACUGAUAUUGGAAAUUGCCCUUAUUUGUUGACACUGAUUUUGAGCAACAACUACCUUAAUGGUAGUAUUCCGCCUCAACUGGGGAAUCGUACCAGCACCAGCAUAAGGGACUUGGAAGUCUUGGAUCUCUUCUACAAUAAACUAUCGGGCAAUAUUCCCCCUUCUCUCAAAUACAUAUAUGUCCUUGACUUAUCAUACAAUGCUCUGGAGGGUGGAAUACCAAAGGAUUUCGAGUAUGAACGAUAUGCCGCCUCAUUUGUUGGCAACAAAGGUUUAUGUGGUAACACUAACCCAACCUAUUUUCCUUCUUGCUCUCCUACUUCUCCUCCUCCGAAGAGAAGAAACAAAUCCGUGCACCAUAUUGCAAUUUCUCUUUCAGUCACAAUUCUCCUCACCACCUUAAUUCUAGGAUUUUGGUACCAUUCUCGACUUAAGAUGAAGAAAACCCAGCCUCAACAAACACUAGCAAAGCAUGGAGAUAUAUUCUCAAUAUGGAAUUAUGAUGGAACAAUUGCAUACGAGGACAUCAUUGAAGCAACUGAGGACUUUGACAUCAGGUACUGCAUUGGAACUGGAGGCUAUGGGAGUGUUUACAAAGCACAGCUGCCUACUGGCAAAGUAGUUGCAUUGAAGAAACUUCAUCGUUUGGAAGGUGAGGAGCCAACUUACGAUAAAAGUUUCAGAAAUGAGGCACGAGUUUUGUCACAAAUACGGCAUCGCAACAUUGUGAAGCUUUACGGUUUCUGUCUACACAGGCGAUGCAUGUUCUUGGUUUAUGAGUACAUGGAGAGGGGAAGCCUAUUUUUAGUCUUGAGAAAUGAAGUUGAAGCCAUGGAAUUGGAUUGGACUAAGAGGGUGAAUCUGGUGAAAGACAUUGCUAAUGCUUUGUCUUACAUGCAUCAUGAUUGCUCCCCUGUGGUUAUUCACCGUGACAUAUCAAGCAGCAACAUUCUUUUGAACUCAAAACUGGAUGCUUGUGUUUCUGACUUUGGCACUGCUAGAUUGCUAGAUCCUGCUUCGUCGAAUCAAACAGUAAUUGCAGGCACUUAUGGAUAUGUUGCUCCAGAACUUGCCUUCACCAUGGUUGUAAAUGAGAAAUGCGAUGUUUAUAGUUUUGGGAUUGUGGCACUAGAAACACUCAUGGGAAGGCAUCCUGGAGAACUUCUCCAAUCAUUGACAUCUGCAUCUACGCAAAAUAUAAUGCUAAAUGAUGUAUUAGACACUCGUCUCCAAGCUCCAACGCGUGGAGUGGUUGCACGGGAUGUUGUUCUAGUUGCUACAUUGGCAUUUGCUUGCUUACAUUCUGACCCAAAAUCUCGGCUGACGAUGCUACGCGUCUCUCAAGAGUUUCUAGCAAGCAGGUACUCACUAGCUAAAUCUCUGCAGAAAAUCUCACUGUCACAGCUAAUGAUCAAGAUACCAUAUUUGAUCGACUAA